AUGGCCACUCCCACCCUCUCACUGGGCCUGCCCCAGAUCCACGCCACAACCAAACACAACAAAAGCACCCCGCCAACCAACGACUUCCUCACCGGCACCUGGCACGUCACGCACUCAAGCCUACCGCUCUGGAAAAACAAGCGCAACGUCCAGAUCACCUACACUGCCCUCCCCGCCCAAUCUGGAAUCACCAAACUCGACGAUCGGGUACAGUACCAGGCUUCCGGCUCAGACAAAAUCAAGUCCGUGCAUGGCGUCGACACGCCAUCCCGAUCGAACCAGGGGGCGUGGGACUGGCGUGGGAAGGGCUGGUUGGUGAUUGCCAGCUCGCAUUGGGAGUGUUUGGGGUUUGGACGGGAGGAUGAUGGGAAUGAGUGGGUUGUGACUUAUUUUGCGAAGACGCUGUUCACGCCGGCGGGGAUCGAUGUGUAUUCGCGGCGGAGGGCGGGCCUGGGCGAGGGCAUGGUGGAGCGCAUUUUGGGCGUGGUGAGGGGGUUUGGAGUGCUGGAGAUGCAGGAGUUGGCGGAUGCGAUUUUUGAGAUUCCAAGGGAUUAG